AUGGGCCCUGCUGUGCAUGCCUUCCUCCUGUUCCUUCUGCUGGGGAUUUCAGUAUGUGGGCGACCUACGUACACAAGCCGCAUUGUGGGUGGCCAGGAUGCUGCUAAGGGAUACUGGCCUUGGCAGGUCAGCCUACGUUUGGGCCAGUCCCACAUCUGUGGAGGUUCCCUCAUCAAUGAGUGGUGGAUACUGACAGCAGCACACUGCGUAUCAACAACCUGGACUCUUCUUACAUACACUGUGUGGCUGGGAUCAAUUGAUGCAGACUAUUCAAGUGAAGGCUUGCAGUACUAUGUAUCCAAAAUCAUCAUCCACCCCAACUUCAAAGAAACAACCGCAGACAUUGCUUUGUUGAAACUGUCCUCCCGCGUCACCUUUACAUCUCUCAUCCUGCCCAUCUGCUUGCCCAAUAUCAAAAAGCAUUUGGCAAUUCCAGCCUCGUGUUGGGUGGUCGGAUGGGGGAAAACAAAGGAAAGUCAAGAUUCUGAUUUCUAUCCAAUUCUCCAGGAAGUAGAAGUGCCCGUUAUUGACCACAAGGCUUGUGAAAAACUCUACAACCCAAUUGGUGUCUAUUUUCCAGAGUUGGAGAAAGUCAUCAAAAAAGACAUGAUUUGUGCUGGUGAUACUGACAGACAUAAGGACAGUUGCAAGGGUGAUUCUGGAGGGCCUCUGUCAUGUGAUAUUGAUGGUGUGUGGAUCCAGAUAGGAGUGGUAAGCUGGGGAAUAGGCUGUGGUCAAUCUCUUCCUGCUGUCUACACCAGUGUAAUCUACUACCAAAAAUGGAUUAAUGCUACCAUUUCAAGAGCUGAGGCUUUGAGUUCCAAGCACCUGAACUUAUCUGACUUUCUGUUCCCAACUGUACUGCUCUGCCUGACUCUCCUGGAACCUUCCUGUGCUUUGGGCCUAACAUGGUACCAAGAAGCAGGCAGUAUAGCUGAAGCUAUCAGCUGAGUACAAGGCUGGGAAGGGAGUGCUGGGAGAACAAGCCCUAGGGGCAGAGAACUCACAGGACAAUCACUGGGAACCCUAGAUGACGUCAUUAAAAUAACUUGA